CUUCUUUCCGUCUACUUUCCCUUAUCUGUUGCAUCGCCGUACAGUUAGCGGUUUGCAGCCCAAGGUAAGAGCUGGAGCAUCAAGUCGAAGCAGAGACGCCCGUAUGAAGAGCUGCACCUCGGCCAGGCGGUGAAAAGGCUCGAACGACCAACUUCAUACAAACAUCAUCCGUUACACAGCGAAUGUACCCUCGCUCGAGCGAGUAAUUCGUCGACUUCCACAUCAAGAUGCACCCUCCGUCAAAAGACCUCCUCUCCGCCCUGCGACUUGCGGCUCACUAUGGGCCCUCGUCAAGACAACACGUCUGUCUCGCUGCCCGCCGAAACCUUCUCGACUUCCCUCUCACCCGACUUCUAUCAACGUCCAUAGCUCGCGAUGCUUCUCGAUCCCAGCCCACUCCUCCCUCGCCCUCGCCUUCAGGCGUCCCACCCUCCCGCUCCACCCUGAACACUCGCGCCCCAAAGUCCCACGACCGGGGUCCACGUUCAGAAGAAGACACCCAAACCGACUUCUCGGCCAUGGACAUCCUCACAAACGCCGGCGCCGCCGUCCCCGCCACAUCCAUCGACGCAUGCACGCACGACGGCUUCUACUUGAACAACGGCAUCCAGACUCACGGCGGCAUGGGCAUGUUGCUGCUUGAUGGCGAGGUCUUUGUGUGGACGCCCUGGGAUACCAGUUCCGCCACGGCCUCGAUCGCAAGCUCUACGGGCGCAGGAGGCGGUGGGUUCGGGAGUUUGCUGGAUCGGCGUGGACUUUUGACGAUACAGCCGAGGACUCUGGGAAUACUGGGCCUGAUCUAUCCGAAGCCAGACUUGUUGCUCAUCGGCACGGGCAGGAAGCUCUGGAUGCUGAGCAAGGAUACGAGGCGGUAUUUGAGCGAGGAGCUGGGCAUGAAGGUCGAUGUCAUGGAUACGCCGAACGCGGCAGCCGCGUAUAAUCUGCUCGCGACCGAGAGAGGGACGAGUGAGGUCGGCGCGUUGAUGAUUCCAGAUGGAUUCAAGGGCCUGUAGUGGGAAGUCACGGAGUCUGCUUUUCAUGCAAUUGAUCAAGAUUCCAUCUGGGUAAUCAAACGCUCUUCCCAUUACAAGAGCGCGCGAGCCCAAUUAUACUUCAUACCGCUCAUCAUACUGAAUGCCAGGAAACACGUUGAACAUUUGUGGAAUCUCUGCGCCGCGAGCCGGCAUAACGUGCUCCAAUUCGUUGCCAGAUGUCGGAUAUCCUUGAAUUGACAAGUGAAGAAGAGGCCCUGGCUCCGAAACAUGGUAUCGGAGAGCAUCGAGUCGGAGGAUCUCGAUGUGCGCCACGUCUGUUACGGCUUCAUCUUUUUCAAAGACAAGCAACUCAUCCAUGGCACCAUUGACGACGGCACGAGUGUGUGGAGGAAAGUCCCAGUGAGGUGCACUUUCACUCGCCCUGAUAGCUGCUUCCCGCAAUGAAAUGCCAGAGGAAAACGUGGAUUUCGAGCACCCAUCUUGGAUGCGAACAAGGAGUGCUUGAUUCAAGACCGAGUCCUGGGACAAGUGAGGAAGCAAAGCACUGAAGACCGGCUCCACAAAAGCAGAACGAUCUUUGGGAGAGAGCGUCAUGCACAGUAAUUCGAUCGUG